CUGGACGGAUAUUUUGAACAUGGAGGGAGUUUGUGAAGAAAAAGUAAUGUCUGACCAAAGCAUUAAUGUUGAGAAAUACCGCCGGCUUGUUAAAUCGUAUAUUGAUUUGCACCUGUACAGCGCUGCGUUAUUCUGGGCAGACAAAAUAGUGUCGUUAAGUAAUGGAGAACCACGAGACGUGUACUGGUUAGCGCAGUGUAUGUUUCACAUGAAGCAGUAUCACCGAGCUGCGCAUUUAAUUCGAAGCAGAGGUCUGGAGAAGACACACAUGCUCUGCCAUUAUCUGGCUGUUCGCUGUUUGCUUGAGGCACGGGAGUUACCUGAGGCUCUACAGGUUCUGACGGAUGUUGAGCAGAAAGGGAAUUUGUUUCCUAACAUGUGUACCAGUUUUGAAUCCACCGUUCCAGUGGGCUUUGAUGACACUACAACGAAUCUGACCAGCUCAAUUCUUUUUCUGAAAGGUCAAGUGUAUGAAGCAAUGGAUAAUAGAGGGCUUGCUGCAGACUGCUACAAGCAAGCGUUGCGCUGCGAUGUACAUUGUUAUGAAGCAUUUGAAGCACUUGUCCAACAUCAGAUGCUGUCUGCCCAGGAAGAACAGGAACUGUUGGAAUCACUGCCUUUGUCACAGCAGUGUGUUGGCACAGAACAACAGCUGCUGCGAUUGUUGUAUGAGAGCAAGCUGAAGAAGUAUCAUGCCCCAAAUGAGUCACUGCCACCUCCCCCACCUGCUCUUGCUCCAAAUUUGGACUUGGCCGUUGCACGGGCUGAACGCCAUUACUACAACUGCAAUUAUCAGCAGUGUAGCCACAUCACUGAGGAUGUGCUAAAGAAGGAUCCGUACCACAGCGGCUGUCUGCCUGUCCACAUUAGCUGCCUUGUGGAACUCAAGAAAGUUAACAAACUGUUUUAUCUCGCACACCGGCUGGUAGACCUGUAUCCUGAGAUGGCCAUCUCCUGGUAUGCUGUUGGUUGCUAUUAUUAUGUAAUUGGUAAGUUCAAUAAUUACAGACAGUACCUGGGCAAGGCAACAACACUAGACAAGCUCUUCUCUCCAGCAUGGCUUGCUUAUGGACAUUCAUUUGCUGCAGAAAACGAACAUGAUCAGGCCAUGGCAGCGUACUUCAAAGCUUCACAACUUAUGAAAGGCUGCCACUUGCCACUGUUAUACAUUGGAUUGGAAUGUGGGUUGACCAAUAACGUGAAACUUGCAGACAAGUUCUUCCUGCAGUCGCAGGGCAUAGCUCCUCAGGAUCCGUUUGUUAUGCAUGAGAUGGGAGUCAUCUGCUUCCAAAAUCAUGAUUAUGAAGCUGCAGAGCGCCACUUUUUAGAGGCAUUGUCUCGUCUGCAGGCUAUCAAAGAGCCAGUCCUACCUGAUAAGUGGGAACCUCUCCUCAGCAAUCUAGCCCACACAUGUCGCAAGCUGCAGAAAUAUGCCGAUGCUCUUGUGUAUCAUCGCCAGGCUCUAGUUCUCUCACCUUUGAAUCCCUCGACAUAUUCUGCUAUAGGCUUCGUACAAGCAAUAGUUGGCAAUGCUGACGAAGCUGUCGAUGCAUUCCACAAGGCUUUGGGCAUACGGCGAGAUGAUACAUUCAGUACAACGAUGCUGAGUUAUGUGAUCGAACAACUGGCAGAGGAGGCAUUCCCAUAUGAAGAUACUCCACAACAAAUGGCAUCAUACAGUUACCCAACACCGAUGCCUCAGGUGAGUAAGACAGAUGUCUCUGCGAUUAGUUUGGACACUGUAACUCCUCCUGGUUGCACUGAAACACCCUCGUCCAGUAGCGCACUUAGGUUUGAAGUGGAUAUGCAGGACUCGCCACUUGAGGAAGUACGUCAUGACGUCAGCUGAAAUACGCAUGAGCUCAUAUUGCCUCAGUCCUGGAGAGUAGAGACAUGAAUUCUCAGUACUGUUUAGGUUAUGCAAGGCAACUGCAAUGAAGGAUCCUGAGGUACGUGCACACUCUAUAUGUCAGUUCAUAAGAUAAUAGGGUGUUCGAAAGCUAAGUGAAUGAAACUGGAAAAGGAGAAGUAGAAUACUUAUAUGGAAGUUCUGGAGUUUCUGUUGUCUACAUUGUGUGACAUUUCUACACAUUUGUCAUUGUUGUGCCUUCUGUGCCUGGCAUCUCAUCAUCUGUGCUCAUUCCACUCUUCACACUUUCACUGACUUGGGUGAAUGACAUUGGUUUUGGUGUUGCAAAUGUAGGUGUAUAAUUUUUUAGAAGUUACGACCCUGCAACAGAGCAAUCUGCACCAUGUAUUUUGUUUCCUGAUUGAGACUUCUUUGUUCUGUUUAAUGCUCAUGUCAGUGCAUGUGCAAACUUCAUAUUUCAUGUCCACAACGCUUGAAUUCAAAAUUUUGUUUUGUUAUUGUUUAGCCAAUAUGAAAUUCAUCGAGUAGGUGGUCACUCAAUAGAGCUUUCCAGAGUCGUGUCUCACGUUUUUGUCAGACUUAAAUUUUUUGCAUUGCUUCCAUCUUGCUAAAGGGAAAAUGAAUCAAAAUCAUAUAAACCACAGAUGGAGGGUGAUGGUAUCAUCUCCUCUGUGAGCAACAAGCAUUCAUUCACUAAAUGGGAGUUUUGCCAAUAGCUGUUCUCUUCUAAGGAGACCAACAAAACUAUCUGUGAUCCUGCUCUUGUAGCCUAAGGCUAUCGUAAACAUUCUGUUGCAAUGCCAUGCAUUAACAAGUUCUUCUGAGGAUGCCCAACACAGCUUCUCAUUAGAAAAUAGGUUUUCCAUCUCUUCCUGACAAUUCUACUUGAUGAUAGAGUUUUCUUGUUUCUCUGUUGUAUAUUACAUCUCUUCUUGAUAAUUCUUGUUAGUGACAAAGAAUUAUAUGACUUUGUUGUGGGGGUACUUACCUGGAUUUUGAGGAAAUUUUGUUUGAAUACAUUAAUUAUAUGAAGAUGAAAAGAACAUUUUACCAUAUUUUGGAAAUGAGUAUCAACUUUAUUUUCACCUUAUAACAAAAGUUCUGUAUAAUGUGAAAAAAUAAUGAGGAUGGCUGUCUUCUGGGAUGUUGUGCUGUGUAGUCUGGCAUAUAACUAACCUGUAUUGAAGUACAGAGCCUGAAAUUUUACUUACUGCCUCCAUCAUCUGGGUGAUCGCCCUUAUCAGUCAAUGUCUGCCAGACCAUACAGUAUAACAUCCCAGAAGCAGCCAUGUUUGUAUGGAAGACUGGUACUGGUAAAUAUUCUGCUUCUCCUUGUCCAUUUACUUGCCUUCAUGUCUCAGAUUUUGUUAUUAUAAUGGAAACUCAAAACCAUGUCAUAACUCCUCACAGGUAUUGCAUGACCUCAGAGUAUUCAACAGAUUAGCAAGUACUGUGUUCAUCAAUUAUCAAUCAAUCCUCCAUUCUUAUAAUGAAAAAUAAUUGGAAACAUGUUUCCUUUUCCAGGUUUAAUAUUGAUUCAAAUGUUUUUAUAACAUUUGUUUAUGAUAGUUCUGAAAUAAAAUACAUGUUAUUAAAGUGUA